AUGUCCUCCUUGUACAGCGUUGCGGGAAAGAAACGGCUCGGGCAAAGCCAGCCCAAGUUCGCUCUCUGCACACCUCGAGCACCUCGCGGACGGCGUGAGUCCGUCAGCUCUGGGACCUGCGGCCACUACCUGCGCGCCCCGGGGCGUAGGACGGUCCACAUGAAGAAGGGCAUCUGCCCCAUCUGCUUCAAGAACGAGAUGGACUUCUGGAAGGUGGAUCUCAAGUUCCUGGACGACUGUUGCAAGAGCCACCUGAGCGAGAAGCGCGAGGAACUGGAGGAGAUCGCGCGCCGCGUGCAGCUCAUCUUGGACGACCUGGGCGUGGACGCGGCUGAGGGCCGCUGGCGCCGCUGCCAGAAGUGCGUCUGGAAGUUCCUGGAGAAGCCUGAGUCGUCGUGCCCGGCGAGAGUGGUGGCCGUGCUCUCCUUCCUGCUCAUCCUCGUCUCGUCUGUGGUCAUGUGUAUGGGCACCAUCCCCGAGCUGCAGGUGCUGGACGCCGAGGGCAACCGCGUGGAGCACCCAACGCUGGAGAACGUGGAGACGGCAUGCAUCGGCUGGUUCACCCUGGAGUACCUGCUGCGCCUCUUCUCGUCGCCCAAUAAGCUGCACUUCGCGCUGUCCUUCAUGAAUAUCGUGGACGUGCUGGCCAUCCUCCCCUUCUAUGUGAGCCUCACGCUCACGCACCUGGGUGCCCGCAUGAUGGAACUGACCAACGUGCAGCAGGCCGUGCAGGCGCUGCGGAUCAUGCGCAUCGCGCGCAUCUUCAAGCUGGCCCGCCACUCCUCGGGCCUGCAGACCCUCACCUAUGCCCUCAAGCGCAGCUUCAAGGAACUGGGGCUGCUGCUCAUGUACCUGGCAGUGGGCAUCUUCGUCUUCUCUGCCCUGGGCUACACCAUGGAGCAGAGCCACCCAGAGACCCUGUUUAAGAGCAUCCCCCAGUCCUUCUGGUGGGCCAUCAUCACCAUGACCACCGUCGGCUACGGCGACAUCUACCCCAAGACCACGCUGGGCAAGCUCAACGCAGCCAUCAGCUUCUUGUGUGGCGUCAUCGCCAUCGCCCUGCCCAUCCACCCCAUCAUCAACAACUUCGUCAGGUACUACAACAAGCAGCGCGUCCUGGAGACGGCGGCCAAGCACGAGCUGGAGCUGAUGGAACUCAACUCCAGCAGCGGGGCUGAGGGCAAGACCGGGGGCUCCCGCAGUGACCUGGACAACCUCCCUCCGGAGCCUGCAGGGAAGGAGGCGCCGAGCUGCAGCAGCCGGCUGAAGCUCUCCCACAGCGACACCUUCAUCCCCCUCCUGACCGAGGAGAAGCACCACAGGACCCGGCUCCAGAGUUGCAAGUGACAGGAGGGCCCCCCAGGCAGAUGGACCAGGCGGUGGACAGACCGAUAGGUGUGGCAGGCAUGUCAUCGAUAGCACAGAAGGGCUGUCCUGUGUCCCCCCAACCCUCCCCUGGACAGACUCUGAAGGCCCUCCGGGCACCUCUGCCAAGGCUGGGUAAGACUCCUCUGUGUUGCCUGCUGUCCAGGAGCCGGGGAGGGAGGGGUGUGCAGGAGCCGCAGGGCCGUGUGGGGCGAGUGGAGGCCGCGGCCUGGUUGGCGCGGGAGCCCACGCCCGCUUCUGUAUCUCCCUCAAUAAAGCCUCCUGCUCUGUGCACCCUCC